AUGUUUUCUUCUCCGGCUCCUGUUUUCUACGUGAAGUUGUUGUGUUUUGCAGAGGGGAUGAAGCGUUUGCGGGACGAUGUGCAUGGCCCACCAAACCCUACUAUGGGCAGCAGCGGCGGCACUGGUGGAGUAGGUGGCGGCGGCAGUGUUAAUGGCGGUGCUAUAGUUAAUGGAGGUGGUGGUGCAAGUGUUGCUGCUGCAAGUACACAAAAACUCACCACUAAUGAUGCAUUGACUUAUUUGAAAGAGGUCAAGGACAUGUUUCAAGAUCAACGAGAAAAGUAUGAUAAGUUCCUUGAUGUAAUGAAAGAUUUUAAAGCACAAAGGAUUGAUACUGCUGGCGUCAUAGGUAGAGUGAAAGAGUUAUUUAAAGGUCAUCCUAAUUUAAUUCUCGGGUUCAACACAUUCUUACCUAAGGGGUAUGAAAUUACCCUCACGGAUGAGGAAGAGGCUCCACCGAAAAGGACGGUUGAGUUUGAAGAGGCAAUUAGUUUUGUCAACAAGAUCAAGAAACGUUUUCAAAACGAUGAUCACGUGUAUAAAUCAUUCCUGGACAUUCUGAAUAUGUACCGGAAAGAACACAAGGGAAUAACUGAGGUCUACCAAGAGGUUGCGACGCUUUUUGAAGACCAUUCAGAUCUUCUUGAUGAGUUCACUAGAUUUUUGCCUGACACCUCAGCUCAAGCACCAGCUGCUCAUGCUUCUCUGGGCCACCACUCAUUUCCCCGUGGUGAUGAAAGAAGUUCGGCCGUGCCUCCUAUCCGGCAACCUCAAGUGGAUAAGCAACGGUCACGAAAACUCGGGCCCAACGGAGAGCGAGAUCCAAGUGUUGACCGUCCUGAUGUGGAUGACGAUAAAACGGCUAUGAAGUUGCACAAGGAGCCCAAAAAGCAAGUGGAAAGAGAAAACAGGGAUAAUAGGAGAAGCCGCGAGCGGGAUGAGAGAGAUCAUGACGAUGGGAAUAAUGGCGAUUUCAGCAUGCAAAGGUCCUCCGAGAAAAGGAAAUCUGCUAAGAAAGUUGAAGACUUUGGGGGAAACUCUAGUUUAGCUGCAUAUGACGACAAAGAGGCAUGGAAGAGUAUGUAUCGUCAGGAGUUUAUUUUCUGUGAAAAGGUGAAAGAGACGUUGUGCAAUGCCGAGGAUUACCAGGCAUUCUUGAAAUGCCUUCACAUAUACAGCAAAGAGAUUAUCACAAGAAAGGAAUUGCAAAGUUUGGUUUUUGAUUUACUUGGAAAAUACCCUGAUCUUAUGGAUGGAUUUAACGAGUUUUUGGAACGCUGUGAGGGAAUAGAUGCAUUUCUAGCUCGUGUUAUGGGCAAAAAAUCAUUAUGGAGUGAAGGAAACUCUUCAAAAGCUACGAAAGUAGAGGAUAAGGAGAAAGAACCAAAGCGUGAAGUGGAAGGAGGAAAAGAUAAGGAACGAUACAAUUUAAAAUAUUGGGAAAAGUCUAUUCAAGAGCUCGACCUUUCAAAUUGUCAACGUUGCACUCCCAGUUAUCGGCUACUUCCUAAAGAUUACCCGAUACCUACAGCUAGCCAGAAGUCAGAGCUUGGCGCCCAAGUUCUAAAUGAUCAUUGGGUCUCAGUGACUUCUGGCAGUGAGGAUUACUCUUUUAAACACAUGCGGAGAAACCAGUAUGAAGAAAGCUUGUUUAGAUGUGAAGAUGACAGAUUUGAGCUAGACAUGCUGUUGGAGUCUGUCAGUUCAACUGUCAAGCGGGCAGAGGAGCUGUUGAACAGUAUCAAUAAUAAUACGAUUGGUUCAGAUGGCCCUAUAAGAAUUGAUGAGUAUUUCUCAGCUUUAAACUUAAGAUGCAUUGAACGCCUUUAUGGCGACCAUGGUGUUGAUGUGGUGGACAUUUUGCGUAAAAAUGCAUCUCGGGCAUUGCCUGUUAUCCUAAUCCGUCUUAAGCAGAAGCAGGAGGAAUGGACCAAGUGUCGGUUGGAUUUCAACAAAAUAUGGGCUGAAAUAUAUUCCAAAAACCAUUACAAGUCUCUUGACCACCGGAGUUUCUACUUCAAGCAGCAAGAUUCAAAGAACUUGAGCGCAAAAGCCUUAGUGACAGAGAUCAAAGAAAUCAAGGAUAAAAGGCAGAAAGAGGAUGAAGUCCUUCUCAGCAUCGCUGCUGGAAAUAGACACACCCUAUUUUCAGACCUCACGUUCGAAUAUCCGGAUGCCGAAAUUCAUGAAGAUAUCUACAAAAUAAUCAAAUACUCUUGCGAAGAGAUAUGUUCAACUAAAGAGCAAUUGAAUAAAGUUCUGAGGUUUUGGACAGCUUUUCUUGAGCCAAUGCUAGGUGUUCGCUGCCGGCCAUGCGGUCCUCUACCUAUUGAAGAUAAAGAUGCCUCGAAGCGUCGGAUGAUGAAAAAUGUCAUUAUGGAAAGUGAGGACAGUCCCAGUGCAAAGCCUAGCGGCAAUGGUGAUUAUGGUAAAUCACCUCAACGGGCAAGUCUGGGGAGGGUUGGGGUUAAAAAUUUGGAUACUUUAGCAAAAGAAGGGCUUAGCUUGCCUUCUGAUGCAGGUGCUACUUCAGGGUCAGAUGUUAAUCACGGGCACGGUCCAAGCGCUUUGAGAGUGCACAAUGGUUACGAGGAAACCAAUGGACUCAAACCUAUGACCGACGGUUCUCGCUCCUCAGGGGUCCUGGACUCUUCCAGACCGAACCAACCAACGGGUGGAGAGUUUCUCGAAGGUUCAAGACUCGCUGGUCCCUGCAAGAAUGAGAAGGAAGAGGGAGAGCUUUCCCCCACCGUCGAUUUCGAAUACAGUGGGACAUCCCAACGCCUCGACAACUGCCCCAAUGCGGAUGAUGAUGUCAGUGAGAAUGGGUCCGAGGGUGGGGAUGCUGCUGCCUCGAGGAGCGAGUCGGGGGCCGACGAGUGCUCGAGGGUUGAGGACGAGGAAGAAGGAGAGCAUGAUGAAGACAAGGCUGAGAGCGAGAACACAAGCGAGGCCCAUUGUGUAGUAGGGCCUGACGGUGGUCUGGUGGGGCCGCAGUCUGAGCGUUUUGCGAUGAGCUGUAGGCCUCUGUCGAAGUAUGUGGCUUCGUUUGGAAAUGGUGGCAGGAAGAGGGAGGGACGGCUUUUUUAUGGGAAUGAUGCGUUCUACGUUGUUUUUAGGUUGCAUCAGGCACUGUAUGAGAGAAUAUUAGCUGCAAAGGUGAAUUCAAUAUCCGCUGAAUCCAAAUGGAGAAUAACAAAGGAUGAGAGUUCUGAUCCUUAUGCCAGGUUCAUGAGCGCACUAUUUAGCUUACUUGAUGGAUCUUCUGAUAAUUCAAAAUUUGAAGAUGAUUGCCGGUCACUCAUUGGGAACCAGUCGUACGUUCUAUUUACGUUGGAUAAGUUGAUUUAUAAGCUGGUCAAACAGCUCCAAACUGUUUCCAGUGAAGAAAUGGACUGUAAGCUUCUUCAAUUGUAUGAAUAUGAAGAUUCUAGGAAGCCAGAAAAGCGUAUUGAUGCAGUUUAUUACGAAAAUGUCCAUGUCCUUCUGCAUGAUGAGAACAUAUACCGGCUGGAAUGUACAUCUUCACCCACCCGCUUAACAAUACAAUUAAUCGACGAUGGAAAUGACAAGUCUGAAACUGUUGCAGUCUCCAUAGAUCCCAACUUUGCAUCCUAUCUCUACAAUGAAUAUCUGUCGAUCGAUCAUAGAAAAAAGGAGUCAUCUAAAAUAAUGUUGAAGAGGAAUAUGCGGAAGUAUUGCAAUGUUGAUGAAUCCACUGCUCUAUAUAUGGCUACAGAAAAUGCUCUUAUAAUGAAUGGGUUGGAAUGUAAGAUGUCAGCCACCACACUGAAGAUAUCCGCCAAGUGCAAAAGUUCCAUCACUUCUUGGCAGCUUCUUUUUGACCCUGUCAGCCCCUUGCUGAAUCAUGAGCCUUUGCUGGGCUCUUGGUUUGCGAAAGAUUUGGCCCGGCUAUUUGAUAUUACCUCCAACCUAAUAACCCAAGAAUGGGGCUUUGAGUUUGAAGUGAUCGUGAUGUGA